AUGAUUAAAGACAUACCUGGCAUCUCAUGUUUUGAGGACAUGCCUGCUAAAUUUGCAGCUUUACCGAAAGAGGCACUUUAUAGCACACAGAAGGAGGGUGAAGGCACUAGUCGCUUAAAACAACUGGAGGUGGCUUUGGAUGCUGCUGAGAUUGGUAAACAAAAUGCCGAAACUGAGGCUGUGUUGGCCAAAGAGAAAGCCGAAGUAUUAAAACCAGAGAUCAAACAGAUUGAAUUAACGCUUGCAGUUGUUACAGAAGAAAGAAAUCAAGAUAGAGCUUCUCUUCUCACCUUUAAAGCAAGCAUUUUCAAGGACACAACAGAUACCUUAUCGUCGUGGAUAAGCCGCGACUGCUGCGACGGAGGAUGGGAAGGAGUUCAAUGUGAUGCAUCCACUGGUAGAGUUAAUAUGUUGCAGAUACAAAGUCCUGAUGUUAAAGAUAGUGGGAGUUUUAUGAAGAGUACUCUUUCUCCAGCACUUGGAAACAUUCCGGAUCAAAUAGGAAACCUGAAAUCAUUGACAAGUCUUCAACUUAGUGGCAAUCAGCUAACAAGACACUUUCCACUAUCCAUAUCGAAAUUGCAGAAACUUUGGUACCUUAAUGUAUCGAGAAAUGGACUCUCGGAUCCCUUACCUGCGAUUCCUGUCAAGGGCAUUCCUUCCCUUUUGUCCAUAGACCUGUCUUAUAAUAUUCUCAGCCUUGGAAGUGUUCCUGAUUGGAUCAGAAGCAAGGAACUUAGAGAUGUACACCUAGCCAGGUGUAAAUUGAAGGGUGAUCUUCCGCAUUUUGUCAGACCCGACACUUUGAGCUCUAUAGACCUAUCAGACAACUUUCUGGUUGAUGGUAUCUCAAACUUCUUCACAAAUAUGUCCAGUUUGCAAGAUGUCAAGCUCUCAAACAACCAGUUGAGGUUUGACAUUUCUAAGAUAAAAUUGCCAUUUGGGUUGGCUUCAAUAGAUUUGCAUGCAAAUCAUUUGAUGGGUUCGCUGUCGUCAUCCAUAAAUAACAUGACAAGCAGCUCUUUGGAGGUAAUUGAUGUCUCAAACAAUUUCAUUUCUGGUCACAUUCCAGAAUUUGUAGAAGGUUCAAGUUUGAAGGUGCUAAACUUGGGAAGCAACAAUCUAUCAGGUUCAAUCCCAGUUUCUAUUUCAAAUUUGGUAGAACUCGAAAGAUUGGACAUCUCAAGGAAUAACAUACUGGGAAACAUCCCUUCAAGUCUAGGUCAGUUGCAGAACCUACAAUGGCUUGAUGUAUCUAUAAAUGGAAUAACAGGACAAAUACCAGGUAGCUUUUCACAGAUCACUAGUCUCAAGCAUGCAAAUUUCAGGACAAACAGGCUGUGUGGAGAAAUCCCCACAGAGUAG